AAAGUGAUUUUAUCCUGGCAAGAUUACGUAAUAUAUUUACCGCUAUUUGUGGUUUUUAAAUACUUAUCUUUCUUAAGCGCGAAACAGCUUUUCCUAUAUUUACUGAACAACAAUAGAAGACACUUCAUAUUCAGUGAAAUUGUAUUUCACAUUCUUUGUCAAUUAGCGAGAUAUUUAUUUAUUUAUCAAGGAAUUGUACAAAGAAAAGCCAUGAAGAAAAUUAUAGAAAAUACUAACGUCACAGAUGUACGUCUAAACAAUAACGAUCUGAGGAAUACAACGUUUACAAAAUAUAUUUUAUUGGUUCCUUUCCUAAUUAAUAGUAUAUAUUGGGUAAUUGUAACACCAUUUCUUAAUUAUCAACAUACUGGACGAACUUAUAUUUCUGUAAUUAAUAAGACAGAAGAAAUGAUUAAUUGCUUAUUGAUGGAGCUGAAUCUGGUGAUAAACCAUCGAUUAAAAUAUCAAUUGAGGACAAUUAAUUAUCGGUUGAAGAAAGACAUUGAAUACGUUACAUUUAUAAAGAAGCAAUUCAAAGAAGGCAUUUUACAAAUUGAAGAUUUAAAUGACAAAAUUGAUAUCAAAAUAAAUGACAUUAAACAACAACUGCACUUGCGUUGGUGCGUGAAUAAAACCAGUAUGGACACAAAAAAAGCUUUUGAAAUUGGCAUUAUUGCUACAUUAGCUGUUGCAACAUGUUCGUUGACUGUUGUCAUUGACUACGGUUUAUAUUUGUCUUUAUUUAAUACGUUCUCUUGGCGAAUUUUCUUUAAGCUAAUAGGUCUACUAACAGAACUAACGAAAGAUAUGGCAGUUUUGAUGGUUAUUAUUUCUUCAUGGACCAUGAUAGAAAAAGAGGCAACCGAAACAGGACCUCUUAUCCACGAGUUCUGGAAUAGCGUCAUAGACUUGGAGUCGUCUACAAAAUCAGCAGAGUUUCUAAAAUUGGCAUCUCUCCAUAUUAUUUACACCACUCCGUCAUUUUCAAUACUCAAUAUUUUACAACUGAAUUGGGAUGCAAUGUCUGCAAUUGUCAAUAUUGCUGUUACAUACUCUACCAGUUUUCUUCAACUGCAACUCAACGCAAUGCGAAACAGGAAAAACUUACUUUAGUGCACAAAGUCGUUCUUCUUAAAGUAAACAAAGGCUUUCAACAUAUUUAUUUUGAUGCUUUCUGUAAUAAUUAGUCUAAAAUAAUAUUUUUACUAACUUACUGAUUUGUUUCGU